GGCAAUUGUGACCUUUUAAAGGCAGGUCAUGAUCUGACUGCAAGAUGAAAAUAGAGCAAGACAAAUUGCAGUAAUAAUACCAACUCACUCUCUGAUAGCAUAGUACGAAGUAAGAUUAUGGCUCAUGGACUGCAGAUAAGAGAUGAAGAAAGUGGCUACAACAAAAACCUAUUUUGCAUUCCUAAGCAUUAUGAAGAAGAUUUAGAAAGAGUCUUCAUUCCUCAUGGGCUCAUCCUGGACAGGACAGAACGUUUGGCUAGAGAUAUCAUGCAAGAUAUGGGAAGCCAUCACAUUGUUGCACUCUGUGUCCUUAAAGGAGGCUAUAAAUUCUUUGCUGAUUUGCUGGACGAUAUAAAAGCACUAAACCAAAACGGUGAUAAAUCUGUACCUAUUACCGUGGAUUUUGUUAGAAUAAAAAGCUACUCUAAUGAUUCACCUACAGAAAAAAUCAGUAUUGUUGGUGAGGAAUUGUCUACAUUAAAUGGGAAGAAUGUGUUAGUAGUAGAGGACAUUAUUGAGACUGGUAGAACAAUGAAAGCAUUACUUUCAAAACUGAAAGACAAUGAACCAAAGAUGGUAAAAGUUGUAAGCCUGCUUGUCAAAAGGACACAUCGAACUCCAGGCUACAGACCAGACUAUAUAGGCUUUGAAAUUCCAGAUAAAUUUGUGGUUGGCUAUGCUCUUGAUUAUAAUGAAUACUUCAGAGAUCUAAAUGUAAGUACAUACAUGUGUGCUUCUGCUGUUACAUAUAUGAUGGUUACCAUGGGAAACAGCAAGAAUAUUAUACUAGAGUUUCUCAACAAUUAAAAAAAAUAAUAAAAUCUGAGUAGAAACUUCCAUUAAAAGGGCAAAAACAUUAUUCAUAUG